AUGGUGAUGAGAAAGCUAGAGUUACCAUUGAACCAGACUCAGAAGGUCAGGUUUGAGAGAGCUAUGGAGCAGCUACAAUCUCUCUCCUCGACGGCGCAAAACUCUGUUUCCGUCACUGAUUCCAUCGCCGUCAACCACGAAGAUGCCUUACUUAAGGGACACGGAACUUACGAGGUCGAAGGUGAGUUGCUGUCAACGGUCUGCGGAGUUGUGGAGCGCGUGGACAAGCUCGUCUAUGUACGCACCUUGCGAGCUAGGUACAAGCCUGAGGUUAAUGAUAUUGUUGUAGGCCGUGUCAUUGAGGUUGCUCAAAAACGUUGGAGAGUGGAUAUCCACUCUACACUUGCUUACAUGGAUCUGCCUCAUGAUGAUGCUGUUCAGAAGCGAAAAACGUCUGAAGAUGAACUCAAUAUGCGGAAUAUCUUUGUAGAAGAUGAUGUCGUUUGUGCUGAAGUACACGACUUUCAGCGUGAUGGUAGCUUGGUUCUACAAGAUAAAAGUCAGAAGUAUGGUAAGCUCGAGAAGGGACAACUUCUGAAGGUUGAUCCUUACUUGGUUAAAAGAAGCUACAAUCAUUUUCACUGCAUAGAAAGUCUUGGGAUCGAUUUGAUUCUCGGCCGCAAUGGCUUCAUUUGGGUCGGGGAACACUUCGAAGUGAGAGAUCCUAUGAUUGUGGAUGAUGAGAACUCCACCGAGAACACAGGAAAAGAGCAAAGCCAUACUCCACUUGAGACUCGACGAAGCAUUAUCAGAAUUGGGAAUGCGAUACGAGUCUUGUCGGCAUACAAGACAUGCUUGGAUCAGAGUUUCACGUUGUUGUCGCAGAGAACGAAGCUGAAAGAAGACGUGUAUAGAACAAAAGUUUUGGUGAUGCUUUGUAUUAGAUCAUGUAGGCUUGCUUGUUUUGACUUAACUUCUAUAUGUUUGUUGGUAUCAAAGCAAAUUGCGGAAUUGAGUCGUGUUUUUUGGAGAACUUACUUCUUUCAUAUAUCAGACAAAUGA